AAACGUAAUAAAUGCUCUUGCGUAACUUGCGUUACAACACAGCUUAUUUUUUAAAUUAAGAUUCUUAAAAUCAUUGUCAAGAUAAGCGUGCUAUUCUCACAACACAAAAACGUACAAUGCCCGGGCCUAUGUAGACAACGGUGUACUUUUCAUUGUCAAUAAAGUUGUAAUAAAUAACAACCUUGGAACUAUGGGUAAAACAUGGCGGCGCUCUGUGUCCAUAUGAAGAUGUAUUCGUGAUGUCCAUUCCGUCCUUGAAUCAAUGGAUGUGCAGUUGUCUUUAAUAUUCCGAAAAAAAACUCCCAAGAAACACAAUAAAGCAAAAGACAGAGGUAUAAGAUCUGGUGAACUUUUGUUUUAGAUUUUUUACGAAAUGUCUGAAAACAGCACUACAAGCGCGGGAGGAGCGCCUCCGAGAGCAAUCGUGAUGGAGAUGAUGAUCGCUAAUUUUAAAAGGCUACCUGAACUAGACCAGAAGUUUUUCAACUAUGGACCUUUGUACUUGGGAGGAAACGCGGCAUUUGCUGGUCUUAUAGCAAACAGUUUCUUUCGGAGGGCGCUGAAUGUCACCCAGGCGCGCCUCGCAUCGUCGGUCCCGAUGGCCGUCCUCCCAUUCAUCACGACAGUCGCCUUUUACAACGCCGCAGUGUCCAGUCCUUUACUUUCUGGGGAUCUCAACUGUCCAUCGUGUGCUUUGAUGAGAGGUGCACUUAUCGGCGUCGUCGGCGGUGGGAUUUACCCCAUUCUGUUGGCGUUACCCGUGAACGCAGGACUCGCAUCCGCAUAUAACUCUGCACCAAUGCCAGUCAAAGGGAAUGCAUUUCGAUUUGCCAUCGACAUUUCUCGGCCGGUCCUGACCAAAAUGAGGCCAGUGUUGGUGCUUCAGGCGUUAUUUGGUACCUACCUGAGUUCGCGACACUUUGACACCUAUAAGAAGCUUGUUGAGAUUGUGUCUGGCUCUGGGGCCGAAGAGCUCAUGGAUUAACAUCUGUGUUCAAAUGUUCGUGUCUAGUAUAGCCAUUGACCUAAUGUGCUUCAUCCCACGCAUUUUUUCACAUUCUACAAAGGAGCGUAAAAGGGGGUUUAGGAAAGACAAUGAAUAACUGUGUGUAUGCAUAUCAAUAAUUGUCCUACACAAAAUGCUGAUAUUAAUAUGCUAUUAAUUGACUAUCAAUGAUUUGAUGAUCAGCACUUACAAUAAAUAUUAAAAACAAAUGGGAAAAUAAUAUCCCUUGUGUCUUUCUAUUUACGUAGGAUACGCAUCGGUUAUGUCACUUUGGUUUUGCAACAAAUGACUAACAGAUAUUGUUAAUAAAAGUAGCCCAUUAUGUGUUUAGAAGGAGAGGGAGUGCUUUAUAUGACAUUGAAUAUGUGUGAAAUAAUUUCCUCUGUCCAGGCCUCAGCUUUGUUGAAGAUGGGAAAUCAUUUAUUGAAACAUGUCUUCACCUCAAACUGCGGGUUUAACAAAGUCACCACUCUACUUCUAUAGGCUUAUUAACUGAGGAAUGUGUUACAGAGAAAUCAAGUUCAUAAAUAAAGAGUUCAGAAGUAAAAAA